CCGACAUUUGUUAUUAAAAUAAGAUGGGCACAGUGGAGCACAACAGAGAACCUUGUCCGCAUAGAAUAUUGGAUGAUAUUGGUGGUGCAUAUGCGAUGGGCUCUAUUGGUGGAGCUUUGUGGCAUUUCUUUAAAGGUGCUAGAAACUCACCUAAAGGGGCUCGUUUGAGAGGUGCAGUAGAUGCAGUAAAGUUGAGGUCUCCUGUCUUAGGAGGCAACUUUGCUGUUUGGGGUGGUCUCUUCUCCACGUUUGAUUGUGCACUGGCUGGUAUUCGACAUAAGGAAGACCCUUGGAAUGCUAUUAUGUCAGGUGCUAUUACUGGAGGAGUUCUUGCAGCUAGAAGUGGAGUUGGUGGAGCUACUCGUUCAGCAGCUAUUGGUGGUAUUCUUUUAGCACUUAUCGAAGGAAUGGGUAUUCUUUUGACAAGAAUGACAGCAGAUUUAGGUCCGUCACCGGAAGAAAUUGAGAAAAUGCAAGCGGAAAUGCAGAGACAACAACAACAAGUGGCAAAAACAAUUGGAUUAGAGGACAGAGCUUCCAGAAACAACAACAUUGCGAAGGAUUCAGGAUUAGCUAGUGUUGCAAGUUGGACAGGAGAGGCAACACCUGCAACUCAAAACUGAAGUGUUGAAGCUCAAGUGUUGAACGACUAUGAGAAAAUGAUUCAGAGGCAAAAAGUUCCUUGAUGAACUAAUUGAACGUUGUUUAUUGUGUAUUUGACAAAGACUUUCAUCUGUUGACCCUAAGACAAGGUUCUGUGCAGGUUGUUCAACCAAGGCACUUGAAAAGGUUGUUGUAGCAAAGAAUCAUAAAAUGAUGAACAAGUUAAAUAACAAAAUUUAGAUCAUUUGUUGUAAGUGACACUUCGCAGUUUCAACCAAGUUGUUGGCUUGUAUACCAUUUCAAUAUUUCUGGUUACACUUAUCAGUUACUAUCUGU